CAUAAAUGCAUUAAUUUGACAAGUUUAUCCCAUUGGCCCUCACUAAAAAUGGCCGGCAUUGUCUCGUAAGCCCCGCCCAUCUGCUGGAACGCCCACAGCUAGACGUGACUUCCUGUUUCGCGUACGAGGUUAGAACGUUGGAAUGUGCCCAGCGCGCUGCCGUAGCCCCUGCGAAACCAUUCUGUAGAGCCCGUUCCAGUUCUCGCUGGAGGAAGAGAAAGAAGAGAAUCGGGUUACAAGAUGGCGGGCGUCUGAUGUACGAGUUGAGCGGAGGAGGAGGCUGGGGGAGACCGUAAUAAGAAGCGGGGCAGACAGCGCGCCCGAGCCCAGCAGCCCCAGCUCUUUCCACCACAGAGGUCCGACCCCGUGUAAUCCGCCCAGCAUGGUCCGUGGCGGGGGCUGCUCGUGAAGCUGGCAGGGGACAGAGCAGCUGAGGGGAGCAGCGGCGGGGGAGAAGGGGAAGAGCGGGAGCAGCUAUCGGGGGAGUCCGGGGAGUGCGACGGCAUCAUGUCGGACACCAGGCGGCGGGUGAAGGUCUACACCCUGAACGAGGACCGCCAAUGGGACGACAGGGGUACCGGGCAUGUGUCCUCCACCUACGUGGAGAGGCUGAAGGGGAUGUCCCUCCUGGUCAGGGCCGAAUCCGACGGUGAGUAUGGGGGACCGGGGAGAGCACAACCGGUUACUGCCGGCAUAGAGGGAGUGGGUGUGCACAAAAAAAUUGUGUACAUAAAUUACACAUUAAUGUGUGUGUGUACAUAAAUUGGUGUGUGUGUGUACAUAAAUUGGUGUGUGUGUGUACAUAAAUUGGUGUGUGUGUGUACAUAAAUUGGUGUGUGUGUGUACAUAAAUUGGUGUGUGUGUGUACAUAAAUUGGUGUGUGUGUGUGUACAUAAAUUGGUGUGUGUGUACAUAAAUUGGUGUGUGUGUGUACAUAAAUUGGUGUGUGUGUGUGUACAUUGGUGUGUGUGUGUACAUAAAUUGGUGUGUGUGUGUGUACAUAAAUUACUCUGUGUGUGUGUACAUAAAUUACUCUGUGUGUGUGUACAUAAAUUACACUGUGUGUGUGUACAUAAAUUACUCUGUGUGUGUGUACAUAAAUUACUGUGUGUGUGUGUACAUAAAUUGUGUGUGUGUGUGUACAUAAAUUACUGUGUGGAGUGUGUGUACAUAAAUUACAGUGUGUGUGGAGUGUGUGUACAUAAAUUACAGUGUGUGUGGUGUGUGUGUGUGUGUACAUAAAUUACUGUGUGUGUGUGUACAUAAAUUACGGUGUGUGUGUACAUAAAUUACUGUGUGUGUGUGUACAUAAAUUACUGUGUGUGUACAUAAAUUACACAUUACUGUGUGUAGUGUGUGUGUGCAUAAAUUACUGUGUGUAGUGUGUGUGUGCAUAAAUUACUGUGUAGUGUGUGUGUGUACAUAAAUUACUGUGUGUGUACAUAAAUUACUGUGUGUGUACAUAAAUUACUGUGUGUGUGUGUACAUAAAUUACUGUGUGUGUGUACAUAAAUUACUGUGUGUGUGUACAUAAGAAUUACUGUGUGUGUACAUAAAUUACUGUGUGUGUGUACAUAAAUUACUGUGUGUGUGUACAUAAAUUACUGUGUGUGUGUACAUAGAAUUACUGUGUGUGUGUACAUAAGAAUUACUGUGUGUGUGUACAUAAAUUACUGUGUGUGUGUACAUAAAUUACUGUGUGUGUGUACAUAAAUUACUGUGUGUGUGUACAUAAAUUACUGUGUGUGUGUACAUAAAUUACUGUGUGUGUGUACAUAAAUUACUGUGUGUGUGUACAUAAAUUACUGUGUGUGUGUACAUAAAUUACUGUGUGUGUGUACAUAAAUUACUGUGUGUGUACAUAAAUUACUGUGUGUGUGUACAUAAAUUACUGUGUGUGUGUACAUAAAUUACUGUGUGUGUGUACAUAAAUUGCUGUGUGUGUGUGUACAUAAAUUGCUGUGUGUGUGUGUACAUAAAUUGCUGUGUGUAGUGUGUGUGUACAUAAAUUGCUGUGUGUAGUGUGUGUUUACAUAAAUUGCUGUGUGUAGUGUGUGUUUACAUAAAUUGCUGUGUGUAGUGUGUGUGUACAUAAAUUAGUGUGUGUGUGUGUACAUAAAUUAGUGUGUGUGUGUACAUAAAUUAGUGUGUGUGUGUACAUAAAUUAGUGUGUGUGUGUACAUAAAUUAGUGUGUGUGUGUACAUAAAUUGCUGUGUGUAGUGUGUGUGUACAUAAAUUAGUGUGUGUGUGUACAUAAAUUAGUGUGUGUGUGUACAUAAAUUAGUGUGUGUGUACAUAAAUUAGUGUGUGUGUGUGUGUGUACAUAAAUUAGUGUGUGUGUGUACAUAAAUUACUGUGUGUGUGGUGUGUGUACAUAAAUUACUGUGUAGUGUGUGUGUGUACAUAAAUUACUGUGUAGUGUGUGUGUGUACAUAAAUUACUGUGUAGUGUGUGUGUGUACAUAAAUUACUGUGUGUAGUGUGUGUGUGUGUGUGUGUGUGUGUACAUAAAUUACUGUGUGGAGUGUGUGUGUGUACAUAAAUUACUGUGUGGAGUGUGUGUGUGUAUAAAUUACUGUGUGGAGUGUGUGUGUGUAUAAAUUACUGUGUGGAGUGUGUGUGUGUAUAAAUUACUGUGUGGAGUGUGUGUGUGUAUAAAUUACUGUGUGGAGUGUGUGUGUGUAUAAAUUACUGUGUGGAGUGUGUGUGUGUAUAAAUUACUGUGUGGAGUGUGUGUGUGUAUAAAUUACUGUGUGGAGUGUGUGUGUGUAUAAAUUACUGUGUGGAGUGUGUGUGUGUAUAAAUUACUGUGUGGAGUGUGUGUGUGUAUAAAUUACUGUGUGGAGUGUGUGUGUGUAUAAAUUACUGUGUGGAGUGUGUGUGUGUAUAAAUUACUGUGUGGAGUGUGUGUGUGUGUACAUAAAUUACUGUGUGGAGUGUGUGUGUGUGUACAUAAAUUACUGUGUGGAGUGUGUGUGUGUACAUAAAUUACUGUGUGGAGUGUGUGUGUGUGUACAUUACUGUGUGGAGUGUGUGUGUGUACAGAAAUUACUGUGUGGAGUGUGUGUGUGUACAUUACUGUCUGUGUGUACAUAAUUUACUGUGUGUGUAGUGUGUGUAAAUUACUGUGUGUGUAGUGUGUGUGUGUGGUGCAUGUGCAAUGCUUGUACAUAUAGCUACAUCCAGUGCAGGUAUGACCAGAGUGUUCAUUACACACAAUUUUUUUAUUUAAAUUUUUUUUUUUUCUGCUCUCACUUCUUGAUAAAUGUAUUGUAUUGUAACUCUGUGCCUUCACCAUUUAUAACUAAACAUUUAAAUUAAGAUGGACAAAGGCUGCUGCACCUUUUGGGAAGCUUAGUCUACAUUACAGUGGUGGCCAACAGAUAGGUCCUCUAUUUGUGGCGAAAGUACAAUUGCCAUGUUGCUUUAAGAGUCUGACCAAGCAUUGUGAGAUUUGUGCAACGGCUGGUGAUAUCUGCUUCCUGGCAGCUCUAUGUCUACAAUAAUUGGGUUGCCUGAGGUCAUCCACCUUUUGGUUUUAUUGUUACAUCUCCACGUGUAUUUUCACUGAGUGUUGUUUGACCUGGGGUAUAUGAACAUGUCUCCAUUUGUGUAUAUAUAAAAGUAAAAAUGGGUAUUGUCAAAAUGUGCAGUUUUAGUAGUACUCAUUAUUUGAGGCUGAUGGACUUUCAUACAUUUAUAGUGGUAUUGAAUUCAGUUAUUUGAAAUACACAUCUAGGGAAAUUGCAGCAAAGAAACUGUAUAUGUAAGUGACAAAGAUCAACAUGUUUAUCUGACAUUUUAUUGCAUUAUUUUUAACCUACUAUUUAGAGCUUUGAUGUUGGAUGUAUUAGAGCCCUGCAAACCUUUAAAAUCAAAUUGAAUUCACAAUUAUCUGUGCAUGUCAUCAGUGGCAUCUGUCAUGAUAAUAAAAACAAAACCUCAGAAACCAUUUUAUGCUUGCCAUCCCUGGUGCUUCUUGCUGGAUCCCAGAUGUUAAAACUUUUCCUGAUUAGAGGUUUUUAUUCAUGGCUGGAUCUAACCAAUCAGGAUAGUCCUUCCAAAUAAUCAUAGAUUAAAUGUUAGAGUUAAUGGGCCACUCCAGACAGGUUAUCGUCAACUGAGUUUGUGUAUGGGUGUUUAGUAGUAAUGGUACGGUACUAAUGCAAGCUCCUAGCAUAGGAUGCCUUUAAAAAAAAAAAAAAUGUACAUUUUUUUUUUAAUGAAUGCUUUGAUAUUUAUUUUUUAAAUCUGUGCUCAAACAUUCUAUCCAAUAUUUGAAAUUUGCAGGAUGCAAUGGCAGAGCAAAUCUGGAACUUUGUGUCAUAAACUUUCACUGUUGAAGCCCUAUGUUGUCCGGCUUGAAAUUCCAGUAUUGUUCUAUAAAGUAAACAUAAUGUAACAUAACUUUGGUACAGUUCUUUUUACAAAGCUUGCAAUUUUCUACAUGUAUCUGCAAAGCAUAAACAUUUUUAUUAAUUCAACAUGAAAUUUAGUUUAAUGCCCAUUUGGGUAAAUGAGAAGUUUAAAAUAUAUAUUUUCCUUGUUGGUGAACUUUGUUUAGAAAUUUUUAAUGUGUCUUGUACUAAAGCUUUACAGAUUUUAAUUUUUUUUUUCUCUCUUCAGGCUCCCUGCUUUUAGAAUCCAAGAUAAAUCCGAACACGGCGUAUCAGAAGCAGCAGGUAUGUAUUAGCAAUUUUUAAAUACGAAUGCUAGGUUUGUCACAGGCUAAAGCAGUUUAAAGCGAACUUAAUUAUUAUUUUUAUUCUAUACCUAUAACCAAAAUCUAUUCUUUGCUGCCCAAUUCUGGCAAAAUAUUGCUUUUAAAUUUAGCAUUAUUCUCUUCCCUUGCGCUGAAAGAAUUAAGGUCAUGUUAAUUCUCCUUUAAAAUUCCCAAGUGUACAAAUAUUUUAACCACAUGCAUUAAAAAGGUAAACGGUUAAAUGAACACUCCAACCAGUAUGUCGUUAUUAUGCACAGAGAACCUGGUGCCCCUUAUUUGUUAAUGGUUUAACAUCUGGGUGCUGGUCCCUGCCUACUGUGGCUUCUUGUAGAAGUGGAAGCUCCUGCAUGUAAUCUCCAUUAGCUCUCAUUAAUCAAGCCCUGCACUGUCAGACUUGACUCAGAUCUGCACGUUUCUGGCUGCAGUUGAGGGAGGGACUGGUGCCUUGCAGACCCCUGGUAAGUAGUCAAGCUGUUUUAACAGUUUGACAUACUUGGAUUGGGGGGGAUGUGGCCACGCCACUCAAAGGACCACAGCCACUGCAGCAUGCUCUAAUAAUUAUGGUGCUUUGUGUGUUGCUUUAAAUUGUCUUGUUCAUAUUUAUUUUAUUAAGUCAUUUUUCUCAAGUCAUAGAAAACAAGGGUAGGGUCGCACUCAGUCACAACAGUUCAACACAGGGUGCUACUGAGCAUGGGUCAGCAAAAAACCCAAAGGAAUAUGUACAAAUAGAAAAAUCCCAGGCACUCACUGCGAUUGUUUCUAGGCAGAUUUAUUGCAACGUUUCGAGCUGUAAAGAAAACGUUUGCUAAAGACCUUAACAGGUCGAAACGUUGCAAUAAAUCUGCCUAGGAUUUUUUCUAUUUGUACAUUUUUCUCAAGUCAGUGAUGGGAAAAAAAGUGCUGUCCAUCAUAAUAAAUAUACAUCUCUGUUUAGUAUUACUACUUGUCCUUUCUGUGCUUUGUGUUAACCAAACUGCCAAGCUUUCCAAAUUAUUUCAGUAGUUGCAUAGAUCUACUUAACAUACUAGUGCAAGUUAAAAGUAUAUAUCUGGUUGCUGCAAAAGCACCCCACUCCAUUUGAUGCGCACCUUAUCUGUUAUUUGUUGUUGGGGCAUGCAGUUGCAACAGCUUACAUCUGAUGAUAAAAAUUAAAUUUUGUUCUAUAAAAUUACAACAUGUAUUAUAUAAAUGCGUGCGUGUUUCAUACCUAUACACAACUACAUAUUUACUAUCUUUUGAUUUUCAUAAAGUUUUAUUUUUGUAACAAUUUUAACUAGUUCACUUAGCAGUAUAAGUAAAACAAGUUUUCUCUUAUCAUACCAUGUUUAUAAAUAAUUUAUCGCUCAGUGAAAACAUAACCCCAUUUUCCACAUUAGCUUGAGCCGCAAUGUGUGGUAAUUAUUGGAAGGACCACAGGUAAGUUGUCAAACUCUUUUUAAACAGUUUGGCUUUUUGCUCUUUGGCACUCCUGGUACCAUAGUUACUAUAGCAUGCUCUAGUGGUUAUGGUUCUUGGUGUGUUUCUUUAAUGUGGCCCAAAAAAAGUUUUGAGAGUUUUGUUUUUAAAUGUUUUUUUGUCUUUAAAUGGGAAUAUCAUUAAAGUAAAUUGAGAGCAAAAUUAGUAUUUUUUGCCUACCCAUAGAACUAUGAUGACGAGUAUGUUUGUGUAUUCAUGAAUUAAGUCAGAAAUGAUUAUAUUUAUAUAUAAUAUAUAUUAUUCAUUUUUAUAUUCAGGAUACCUUGAUUGUUUGGUCUGAGGCAGAAAACUACGACUUGGCUCUUAGUUUUCAGGAAAAGGCUGGUUGCGAUGAAAUCUGGGAAAAAAUUUGCCAGGUAAAGUACUUUAAAUAUUUUACUUUUAUACAUUUUUAAUGGCCAUUUUAAAUAAAUCAUGAACUUUUACUAUCACUGCCCUUUUUUUGUUUUCUAUUGUAAUAGUUAUCAUCUACAUAAUGUUCUAUGAUAGGUACUCCUGAGAAGCUUUACUAUACAGUUUUAAAGCCUGAUAAAUAUUCUUUGUGUGUUAGUUCAGGGUGAGAAAAGUUGCCCUUUUAACUUGUUUUUCCUGUGGGCUUGCUGGGUCAACCCGCAUAAAUACCGUAAUUGAAACCAAUGUUGCAAUUUCCAUACAAAAGUGCUUGGGAAUGUGUAAAUAAUAGAGUAUUUAAACAGUUUACUAGUUUACUGUACACAUGUAUUUUGAAUAAAAGAUAGAUAUAUAUUAUAUAGAUAUAUAGAGAUAGAUAUAAUAGGAAUUGAUCACUAAACAAAAUGAUGGAAUCAAAAUAUAGGGCUUGGCAAAUUUAAUCGAGUGAUUUCAUUUUAUUGGUGUGUUCAUGCCCAUGUGCCAAAGUUGUCUUGACAGGAAGGAAGAUUGUCAUCACUGACAGGCUCCUGGGGUAGAAAGGGAGGGGGGAUUUUAUAUAUAAUUAGAUGUUUUCGUUUGUGUGGCCACCUGGCAUGUAAAGAGCUAAGGGAACACGCCAAACGUUAAUGCUGAAUACUGGUUCCUUUAACACUGACAUUGUUAGGGCUGUUUCAUCCUACCUGGAUGAUUGGCUGCUCCAGUCCUUUCCGCCAUUCACCACUGUUCAGGUUAGAUUAAAUUUACAUGGAUAAUGCAGCAAUAACACUUCUGCAUUAUCAUUGCGGCCUAGAUGGAGCAGAGGCCUUGAGGAACUAAGGAAUUUUAUAUUACUACAGUGGUUUGCUGACAGUCCCAAAAAGUCUCUGAAAUUUUUUUUAUUUUUUUUUAAUAAAUUACUCAGUGCCAUUUGAAGUCCUAAAAUACUAGCCAAACCCAGAACUUACUUGGCACACUAAUCUCUGCUUAAUUUCUAUUUUCUUUUUUAUUUUAUUUUUAGCUAGUGUACAAGAUUGAAUACCAGCAGAGUUUUGCUGUAAUUUGCUUAAACUAAUUUUUUUGAGGUUUUUUUUUAAAGGCAAGUUAUUUCUGAAGAGGGUAAUGCAUUUGUUAAAUGGACACUCCCAUCACCUUAACAACUCCUGUUCCCUAGAUAUUUUAUGGUGCAAGGACAUUUCAUGUCUUGCUGCAUAAAAUGUAUUCUAACUGCAGCAAUUUGAAGGGGAAAAAAACACACCUGUAAACCUGGCAUUUCUGUAGUAGAUGUUAUUGUGAGGAUGUUUCAUCCACUUUUGCCAUCUAUAUGUUUGAUAUCUAUUUUUGCUGCUGUUAAGACGUGGUGUAUAAAAUCCAGUCUGCGGUUUAUUUUUAUAUUGAUAAAGUAGUCGGCCAUUGAAUUUCUCAACUGUAAAAGAUAAAGAUGCUAUUACAUUAGUAACCUUUCCUCAUUCUCCUUUAGGUUCAAGGGAAGGAUCCAUCUGUAGAAGUCACACAAGAUCCCAUUGAUGAGUCUGAGGAAGAGCGCUUUGAGGAGAUGCCAGAAACCAGUAACUUGAUCGAUCUUCCUACUUGUGAACUAAGCAAACUUGAAGAGAUUGCUGACCUUGUUACCUCUGUUCUUUCAUCACCUAUUCGAAGAGAAAAGCUGGCAUUAGCUUUGGAAAAUGAGGGCUACAUUAAAAAAAUGCUUCAACUCUUCCAAACUUGUGAGAACUUGGAUAAUACCGAAGGCUUACAUCAUUUAUACGAGAUUAUACGAGGAAUAUUAUUUCUCAAUAAAGCAACUCUGUUUGAGGUGAUGUUCUCAGAUGAGUGUAUUAUGGAUGUUGUGGGAUGCCUAGAGUAUGACCCUGCCUUGGCCCAGCCGAAACGACACCGGGAAUUCUUAACCAAAACAGCAAAGUUUAAGGAAGUAAUUCCGAUCACAGACUCCGAACUUAGGCAAAAGAUACACCAAACGUACAGGGUACAGUACAUACAGGAUGUCAUCUUGCCCACACCCUCGGUCUUUGAAGAAAAUUUUCUUUCUACACUCACUUCUUUCAUUUUUUUCAACAAAGUGGAGAUUGUCAGCAUGUUGCAGGUAAUGUAUGCAACCUAUAUAUUUGAAUGUUCUGGAUUUAGAAUGUAUAGGUUUCAAACUUGUCUGUCAUAUGAUCUAUACUUCUUGAACAAGGAGGUCCUUAUCCCAGUCUCUCUGUACAUAGUCACUGCUAGACCGCCUAUCAUUCAGGUUUCACAGAAGAAACUAAGCUUUAAUUUUCUCAUACCUGUAUUAUCUUGGGUUGGUUUCAGUUAGUCUAUUUUGAAAAACCCAGCUUUAGCAAGUUGGUGGAUCAUCAUGACAAAAUCUUGACCCCUUCUCCAUGUUGCCAUGGUGACUUGGAGCUUUAGAUUUGUCCAGCUAUUCACUAAAAGAUAAUUCACCAGAGUCUUUGGUCUGGCUUUUUUCUUCCCCUUAAAAAUAUUUACUUUUGCUCAUAAUCCUUUUAUUUGUAAACAUAUGAAGGUGAGUUUUCAAGUCAAUUAACUCUUUCCCGAUGAUAGGGCGUGCUAUUCUGUCCUACAAAAAGAGGACUUAAAUGCCGCUAUGGUGGCACAGCACGCCCUAAUGAUCAGGCAUGCUUUUUUUACCUUAGUUGCUGAUCACAAUAGGUGGACCUACCUGACAACCCAGGUACUCCCCCUGCAGCCGAUCGAUCAUAUGAUCGGCUGGCUUGGCUACAUGAGGACUGCCUGGGUUACCACACAGGGCCCCCGAUAUACAAGAAUUAAAAUUAUAUUAAAAGUGUAUUUUGAGAUUUUUCUAUAUAGUUCUAUAUUGCACUAAAAAAAAAAAAAGUAUAUAUAAAAAAGAAAUGUACUACAUUUUAUUUUUUUUAAAUUGAACUUCCAGAAUUUUGAAAUAUCAAGCUUUUGGGUGAUCUUUAUCAGAAAUGCUUCAGACUUGACAAAGGGAGGAUCUUCCAAAAGCUUGUCAUUCCACAAUUCUGUUAGCCCAAUAAAAAAGGUAUUACGAGAUAUAAAUUUAAUCUAUUAUACACCAGCUUCACUGGACUUAAAUGCCAACAAUCUCUCACUAUAAAUCAUAACAACCCAGCAGUAAUACCAGAGAAUUUAAUUUGCAGGCCCCUAUAUCUAAUGAUGUAACUUUAAAAAACCCCAUAAAACCUGCACAUUGCGGGCAUUGUUGCACGUCAUAGCAUACAACUGUUUAUUUUAUUGCUGUAAAAGCUAUAACAAUAUUGACAUUCACUGUUAAAAUGCCGUACAGAACUUGGAAAAUAUUUACAUUUCUUAAUUUUGUACACUCUAUUAGAUUUUAUUCAUAUUAAGUUAUGUUUCAUAUAUAAAUAUUUGAUGUUAAAUUAAAGCUUUUUUUUAUUUACCUGAACAAAAUUCUAGGUUUUGUUUUUGGUUCAGAACUUGGACAAUUGCCUCUGUUAUUAAUGGGUUAAUUGUAUGUGUGUGUGUGUAUUAGACAUGCAAGAAAACAUGCUAUAUGCAAUUCUCUUGAUAACGCAUGUUUACCACAAUCACUGUGCCAUCAUGGAAAAUGAAGUUCUGUUAUCUGCUAAUUAUGCAAUCAAUGAUUUCUCAUUGUAAUGUGUAAUUCUCCUUCUACGACAUCUGGCCGCUCUUGUUGUAUACACUCUGUGCCUGCAUGUCUUCUUUUAAGUUUGCAAACUUAUUCCAGCUUGUUUCCUGUUUGAGUGGGAAGCGUUUCUCUGUUGAAUCAGAUUUUACAAAAAUGUUAUACAUGGUUCUAUGAGUAACUAUUUCUGUAGAUGAAGAUCUGGUACAUUGGCUGUUCAAUUCUUCUGUUAUUUUGAAUCAUUCAGAACAAGUUUACAGUUUAUAAAACUAAUAUGUCAAGAACUUUAAAGCAGCACUAUCACUCUGCAGAUUGUUUUUCAAUAAUCCUUUUUUUUUUGUCCUGUUUCUCCUUAUCAGGCUUUUAUUUGUUUUUCAAUUCACCUUAGUUUUUUUUUUAGUUAUGCAUAACAAAAAGUGUGGACUACCUUCUCUUAUGGGGUUCGUGAUCUUUGACAAUUUGGGGGGAAUAGAUUAAGCUUUAAGGACAACUGUUACCUCAAUAUUUUAAUAUAAUCCUUUCGCAAAGUUUUGAAAGGUUUUUUUUUUUUAAAUUUUUUUUUUAUGACUUCUUUGUAAAACCAUAAGAAACACAUAUCCUUGCCUUUAGUAUAUGAGAGGAUCCUUCAGCUAUGUAUAACAUGCACGUUGGAUCAGACUGCUUGAAACCUGAUAGUCUUUGUGAUCUUUCCUGCUUCACUUCCUGCAAGAAGGGCAAAUUGCACAUAUUACAGAGGAGAACAAAAUGGCAGUGCCCAAGUAUUGAGAUCUGGUGCAAGGAAGAAAAUAUAAUAAAUUUAAACAGAGCCAGGUAAGAAGAUAGGGACUAUAAUUCAUAUAUCGGCAUCAGUUAUCUGCAAUCGCCCCGAAAGGUGACCAAUAGUCGGUAUGGCAUUAGCUCUGGAAAAAUAUUAGUCGAUCCCUACAUCCUAGUAUAUUUCCAUGUGCUGUGGUGGCUUUGGGUGGAAAGCAGAAGUAUCUCCUUGAAAGGUCCUUCUGCUCUCCCGGUCAAUAAAUUCUUCAGCAUAUAAUCUGUACAGAAUAAUUGACAGAUGGGAGAAAAACCUACUUUUAGAUAGUCUAUACAUUUACGAUCAAAACUGCUAUAGAGAUAUAUAGAUAUAUUUAUAUUUAUAUAUUUUUUUUCAUGCUCUGUCAAAGGGAAAUGAGUGAUUUUGUAGGGUGACCAGUCCCCCUUAAAUUUGGCUUUCAGAACAGCUGUUACACUUGCUUCAAAUGAUGCAGAGAUAUUUGUCAAAAUUCCUACUAAACUGACAUACAUUAUGGAAUACUACAAAGAUUGUUUGGACUGUAUACAUUUUUGUUGGGCAUGUUGGUGGAAGAUUAAGUAAUCUUCACCAAAAUUGAGUUGAUAUCCACGAUAUCUUUAUUGUAUAUGUAUAUGAUGUCCUUGACAUCUACAAACAUUGUGGAUGACAGAUCUACUUUAAACAUGUAUCAGAUACUUCACAAAGAUAAAUUGUCAUGCUGUAAUUGUCUUGAUUUAAUUGAGUGAAAUAGCCUUUUAAACAGCAGUUUUCUUCUAUCUUAGAAUACUGUGCAGAGGAUGAUGCAUUUAAAAAAAAUAAAAAUGUAUUUAGCGGUCUCAUAGGUAGGUAACUAACAUUAAAUAAAUCAUAAAGGCACACAAACCACUUCAUCUCAAUGAAGUAGUCUGGGUGCAGUGCCCCAGUCUGUUAAAUCCUGUUUACAUUGUAGCUUUAAAGGAACACUAUAAUGUCAGGAACACAAACAUGAGUUCCUGACACUAUAAUGGUAAAAUAACGGUUUAGGUCCCUGCCCCCCUCCUUGCGGUAAAAAGGUGAUUUUACUCGCCUUUUGACCCACACAGUGCUGGUAUUGCCAAGGCUGGCCUUGCUUUCGCCUUAGUGGCUGAGAUCUCCGCCAAUGCAAUGGUUUCCCAAUGGUUUUGCACAAUCCUAGAUAUUAAUUGAAUCAAUGCAUCUUUAUGGGGAUAGUUCAGCGCCUCCAUGUAGACUGCAGUACUGAGAUUGGAAGCACCUCUAGUGGCCUUUUGAGUGACUGUUGCUAGAGGUGUUCUCUGAAGAGGCAGCAUUUAGAUUGAAAAGCCUGCAAGGACAAGCUGUAGACACCAGAAGCACAACAUUAAGUUGUAGGAGUUCUGGUGCCUAUAGUGUCCCUUUAACUCCAAAAUGGGAGAGAACUGAGCAGUGAGACUUCUGAGGUAUGAUUUCUACACUAGACCUGCAUGAUUAAAGGGAAACUAUAGUGCCAGGAAAACAAACUCUGUCAGCCAUUCAUAACCCCUUCUGUCACUUACCUGGCUCGGCUCUGGCCACGCUCCUCCUCCACCAAAGUCAGCCGUGGGGGAGGCCUAAUGCACAUGCAUGUCAAUGGCCGCGCUCGCAUUAGGAUUUACCCAUAGGAAAGCAUUCAGUGCUUUCCUAUAAGGAUUCUGGUAUACAGACACUAGAGGAGUUAACCGUAGCAGGUAAUUAUUGCACUUUAUUAAAAACCGCAUUAAUUGCAUGCUCUGGGUCAAGGGUGAUGGGACAUUGCAACAAGACCACUUCAAUGAGCUGAAGUGGUUAGGGUGCCUACACUGUCCCUUUAAGCAAAAGUUGUUUUGGUGACUUUAGUGUCCAUUUAAAUAAGAUUUGCAAAUUUAAAUUAUAGACCCAGGAAAGCAAUCAAUUCAUAGUUGACAUAGUCUGUAUAUUCUACGUGUCUGAGUCACCAAUGCUUAGCUAAUGUUCACACAGAUGCAACAAGCUAUGUGACUAACAAUUGGCAUGUAAAAUGGGAGUUCUUAGAAAAGAAACUAGCAGAAUUAUGCCAAUAUCACAAUGUUUGUGUAUGGCAUUACCAAUUGCUUAUGACAGGAAGUCAUUGCUUCUAAAGAUUGCAUUUUGGUAAUAUUACAUUUUAUAUUCUUAAUAUUUUAACCACAAGACCUCAAAAUAGCUCCUAAAUUAAAAAUAUAAUGCCAUUCAAUUUGCUUAAACAUUUGUAAAUGCGUGAAUGCGUCUAUAUUUGCCAACUGAUCCAACCAUGUUUCAACCUAAUUAAGUGUGUGUGUGUGUGUGUGUGUGUGUGUAACUUAUAUAAGACUGAGCUUCUAGCCUAAUACAACCACCACAUUGAUUAGUAGACAAAAUCCUUUACUGCAAUCUAAUAGAUUUGGGAGUUCAGCCACUGUGGCCUGAAAGUGUUUGUUUGAAUUAUGGAAAAACUGAAUAGUCCAUGCUCAUUGCUGGUUGACUUCAUUGUAAUUUUAAAGCAAGUCAAAUGACUGGACCCACACGGACCAUACAACAGAAUUUUUAGAUGGUGAUGGCCUAUGUCUGUAAUCUUCAAACAUACAGCCAGGUAGCUUAAAGGGACACUCCAGGGCUCCCAGACCACUUCUGCUCAUUGUAGUGGUCUGGGUGCCAACUCCCACCACUCUUAACCCUGCAGGUGUAAUUUAUUGCAGUUUUUAUAAACUGCAAUAAUUACCUUGCAGGGUUAAGUCCUCCUCUAGUGGCUGUUUAUCAGACUAAACUGCAAUAAUUACCUUACAGAAUUAAGUCCUCCUCUAGUGGCUUUCUGUCAGACAACCGCUAGAGGGACAUCCGUGUUCUUAGAACACAAAAAGUGUUUUAAACAGCACUGGACAUCCUCACGCUAUGCAUGAGGACCAUGCGCAUUAGGUCUCCCCCGCCGGCUGACGUCGGGGGAGGAGCGUGGGCGGAGCCUGACCCAGCACCAAGGGACAUCGGUGCUGAAUUCAGGUAAGUCACUAAAGAGGUUUUAACCCCUUCAACAACAUGGGAUGUGGUGUGGGAAGGAGAGGGUAUGUUUUCCUGGCACUGGAGAGUCCCUUGAAGGCCUUUUUUCAAACGGAAGAAGUAAAGUGAGCAGCAGGCUUGAUAAAAUUUCCAGUUUCACAUGAUAUUCUAACAUGUUCUGCUUCACAUUUUCCAAAAACAUACCUAGUAUAAGUGAAACAGAUACAUAUGCUGUACCACUUUAUUAAAAAUUAAGGCACAACUUUGUUUUGCACAAGGUUAGUGCAGAAUAUUUAACUUAAUAUCUCUAAAACCCACAAAGAGGCUGAGAUAUUUAUUUACUUGGCUUCGCUACCAUUCUGUUUGUCUAGAAUUUUGUAAAUGACUUUGAUCACUAUACUCAUCCUGUUGUGACUUGCCUUUAUAUUUUAUUUUUCCCACAUGCCGGGUGUUAGAACAUGGGCGCUUCCCUUUUGUUCUCCUUUGUCCAUGAUGGCUGCAGUUUGCCAUUCUGUGGGAUUCUUUUAACUGGUGGAUAUUGUGUAGCUUGGCCCUGCAAUUGAAAUUGAACUUUGAUUGAAGGAACAUGAUCAUCCCAGAUCACUUCAUCUCAAUGAAGUGGUUUGCAGUGGUCCUUUCACUUUAUAAACUGAGACAAAGUAAGGACAAAGACAAACUUCAAAGAGACAGUUUUACAUUUGUCAGAGAACUUGCUUCCUGUGGAUUUCAGGCUGACAGCCUCUAGAGACAUUUUCUCAUGAAGACUUUUGAUAAAGUUUUUCAUGUUUAAAGCACAACAUGACACCAGAUGCAUGCAAUGCUUCUCAAAGAGAAGCACUGGAUUAGUGACUUCUCUUUGGGAAGCUUUGGAUUGGACCCAUGUCUUUUGUCAUGUUCAGAGAAGAUAGACAGCAGCUGUAUUAUUUGGAAAUUUAAAGGCUUUUUGUAUUUUUCUGAUUUUAAGAUGGGGGAGAAGGUUAAAAAAAAAAAUUAAAGGGUUCAAUCUCAAGUCAUUGUAUAUAGAGGUUUCUGAUUCAGGUUUCUAAAUAACUUUAAUAUUCUGAUUUUUUAUUUAGGAAGAUGAAAAGUUUUUGUCUGAGGUCUUUGCACAGUUAACAGACGAUGCUACAGAUGAUGACAAAAGACGUGAACUGGUGAGUUUUGUGUAGUUUUCUAGUCACUUUUGACUCUUGACUUGGAAAAUGCUUAGGUUAAUAGUGAUUAAUGUGUGUAAAGAGAUCUAGCAUAUAAGGAAAGCCCUGCAAUUUCUACUAUAACCAUUCGGUUCCAAUUUACCAUUUUCUCAUUAAGUACGUUAUAGACUUUUUUUUUUUUUUGGUUUUGUUUUUCUUCUUAAAUAACCAAAUUGACAUGAAUUAUGCUUCUUUAUUUAUAAAAUGUUCAUUUUAGUUUCAUGGUAAGAUGGUGGAGUAGGGGCAGGAAAAACGAAGUUUAAAUGAUGCUAAACAUCUACAAAUCUUCCUUUGUUUGCGAUCCAGUUCCAAUGUAUGCAUUAAGAGAGUGAGACAUAUCCCGAACCAACAUUAAAAUGUUUAAAACUUUUCACUUUAGCCUCAUAUUAAAGUAGGAUGUAUAGCAUUGUAUUACAGAUUACGUAAAACUGUUGAGUUGGUACUGCUAAAAUACUCACUUUUUUUUUUUUUUUUUUUUUUUGCAGGUGAAUUUUUUCAAGGAGUUUUGUGCAUUUUCUCAGACUUUGCAGCCUCAAAACAGAGAUGCAUUUUUUAAAACAUUGGCAAACUUAGGAAUUCUUCCUGCCCUUGAAAUAGUCAUGGUAAAGCUUUUUAUUUUCGACUCUUAAUUUUGAUCCACUAUCUGUAUAUAUUUUAAUGAAAAAUCAUAAUAUGAAAAUGUAGUGAUUGAGCCCUAACAUGUUCUUAACUCUUUAACGCUAUGACAUGCCUGCAUGACCAGUGCAAUUGCAUAAACCUGUGUAGACAUUUCGUGUUUCCUUUUUACUCCCAGAAGGAAAAGGACUAUUUGUAAAUUUUACAGCGUAUAAUAAAAUCAGCGCUCUUAUGUAAAAUGUGAGUUCUGUGCUGUACUCCAAAACAUUAUCAGAAACACAGCAUUCGAAGUUUAUUGUGAAAUUCUAACAAUCAAUUUUACACAGUUGUAGCUUUCUUCCUUGUAUAUAUUCUUUACUCUUAUGUAUUUCUUGUAUUUUUUUUUCUUCUUUACAGGGUAUGGAUGACUUGCAAGUAAGGGCAGCUGCUACAGAUAUAUUUUCUUAUCUGGUAGAAUUUAGUCCAUCCAUGGUUCGCGAGUUUGUAAUGCAAGAAGCCCAGCAGAGUGAUGAUGUAAGUAAAACUACAUUGUUAAUAUGUAAAAUUGUGUGUGUGUGUGUGUAUGUAUAUAUAUUUAUGUAUAUAUAUAUAUGUAUGUAUGUAUGUAUGUAUAUAUAUAUGUGUGUGUGUAUAUAUAUAUAUAUUAAUAAAAAAAAUAUAAACCCUAUUUUUCCGUGUAGUAGAAGACAACCCCUAUUUUUUUAUUCCAAAAUUAAGAAAUAAAUAUUUUAAAUAUCAAGGUGACUUCUGAGGAGAACAACACAUGUCUGAUUCUAGUGCCUCCCCUGUGCUUUGGUAGUCUGUGAAGUUGAUGGCUCUAGAGUGCAUGCUGGGAGACUACAGCACCCACAAUACAUCAGGUGGUGUGAGGGCAUGCUGGGACAUCACAGCAGUAUUCAGUCUGCUCUCUGAUCCCCAUUUCCUCCCCUUUUAAAUAUAAAUCAGAAAGCAAGACCUACCUGAGGUGGCGUAAACCUUAAUAUGUCUGCUCCUUUUAUGGUGUGGCAUGUCUCUGGAGCUCCCUUGAUGGUAAGUGCUGAUGUCUGCUGCAGCUCCCACACAUAUACAUAGAAACCUCUUCCUCCUUGCCACAGCAUUCAGAAGUGGAUCGGCAGGAGGGAAGCCAAGUAUGUGUGCGGGCCGUGGCACACGGAAAUGUGGCAGGUGCCAUCUUAAUUUGGGCCCAGCGCAUGAGUGUGUUUUUUUUUUUUUUUUUUAAACCCAUGCAGUGAUUGAUAGAGAGAGAGAUAAUCUCAAUAUCUGUCUAUAUCGAUACAAAAAAAAAUCAGCGCUCCCAGGUAAUUCACACAGAACUUGGAAAAGGUUACAAACUAGAGAGAGACAUCUACACUAAAUUUAGUAAAUGGCAAUUUUUUCUUUUCAAUAUUUUAAUAUGUGAAUAAACACCUCUCUCCCCAUUUUAGUUGGAAAUAAGUUUUAUUGUUUUACGUGCAUAUCAUGUUUAGCACACCUCUACUUCGAUCUUGAUGAAAGUUCAAAGUUUCAGAGUUAAAAGCAUAGCUAGGUUAGAGAAUUUUCAAGUUUGGCUAUUUUGACUUUGUUUUACAUUUACUUUGAAUUCUUACUUUAGUGAAUAACACUGUGUGAAAUAAAAGCUUCUGGCAUUAUGCAGUGUUUCAUGUGCUUUCAUUUCUCCACAGGAUAUUCUUCUGAUAAAUGUUGUAAUUGAGCAAAUGAUUUGUGAUACUGACCCAGAGCUUGGAGGAGCAGUUCAAUUAAUGGGACUUCUGCGAACAUUGAUAGACCCAGAGAACAUGUUAGCAACAGCUAAUGUAAGAUCCUGCACAUGGGUAAAAGCAGCUUUACUAUUUGCAGUCUUUCUUAAAUGUGGUUUUAUAUUAUAAAUAUACUUGUCGUUUUUUUUGGUUUUUUUUCCAUUUAUUUAUUUUUUAAACUAAAUUUUAGGUUGUUUUUUUGUUUUUGCCAGAAGUGUUUGAACAAUUUCAUUUCUGUUACAGAAAGCUGAAAAGAGUGAAUUUUUGAAUUUCUUCUACAACCAUUGUAUGCAUGUUCUCACGGCACCUCUCUUAGCAAACACUUCUGAGGAUAAGCUGGAGAAAGGUAAGACUCAAGACCCUGUUUGAAGUGUAUUGUAUUCCAUGUAAUGAUGUCAAAUUCCUUGAGAGAGAGGAUAAGUGAAGUCAGAUACAGAUCAUUGAUGUGACUUAAUCCUUCAGAGAAGGGCUUUAAUUCCAUUAAGACAACAUAAAAUGUUUUAAUUUUGGUAUGAACAGAGUUAAAUUCCUGAUCUCUAUUAAUUACAUCAAUACCUGUGGCCACCCUCUGUUCCGCUUGGGCCAUGCUUAAAUACCCAGACUGACAUAUGAACUUUCAAAUCACGAAAGCUGGACAGCUGAUUAUCUCUGAACCAAAACAUAUUCCGAGGUUCACUGUGACAGUGAGACCCAGAGGUCUAAAACAAGCCUUGUACUUUUAUUUUGGCAUCCCAUAAUUGUAAGAAAGAUGAUUCCCAGUGUGAGCUGGCUAUAUUGUGGAAAGAUAAUUAUCAGUUGCCAAAAAAGAGGUAAGUUAGUAUGGAUCUGCGAUAACAUGCACCUGACCAUGAACGGUGUUGGCUGCACCUCCCAAUGACUUGAACUCAAAAGCCAUAGCUUUAAUGGAUAUGAUUAUUAAUUUUUUGUUUUGCACUUGCUUAUUAGAUGCAGUUGUUGGAUCCACCAAGAGUAGCACAAUCUGCCCUGGUAAGAUUUUUGUAUUGGUUAAAUAGAGUAUUGCUGCACCCUUUUGGCCAUAUAUUUACAAGAAUGUGUGUACACUCCAGGCAGGUAUAUCAAGGAAAUCUUAAUUAUUUAGAUUUAAACUUCGAGAACUGGAAAGCUUAUAGAGGGAAUAGAAUGUCAGCAUCACAGUGCUUAUCGAAGUGUAAUGGAUUAUGCCACUGUUGGUUAAAGUCUGACUAGUAGCAUAUAAUGUUUUGUAUGAUUUUUAAGCUGACAUUGUGUAUUUUGUUUUCCAGAUAAUUAUCAAACUGCACAGUUGCUUGCCUUAAUAUUGGAAUUGCUCACGUUUUGUGUUGAACAUCACACAUACCAUAUUAAAAACUACAUAAUGAACAAGGAUCUACUUAGGAGAGUUUUAAUUCUGAUGAAUUCAAAGCAUACGUUUUUGGCUUUAUGUAAGUCCUUUAAAUGUUGUCUUUAUUCCUAUAAUUAGGAUUAGUCUUAAAUAUAUCACAGUAUGUCACCCUAACACACUUUCUAAUGCUCUCCAUAUUUUCCUUUGGUACCCCAAUGCACCUAUUGUCUGUGGCAAUUUCAUAGGCCCACUCCAUGUUAAUUUUUAGCUUUCUUCUCCUUUGCCUACCUUUCUGCAGUAUGAGUAUGGCUGCUCUAGUGGGAGAGAGCAUGCGAUGUGUAUUUUGGACAGUUGCUGCUUCAGGGCCCUUGAUCCUGCCAUGUGUCUAGAUUGUACCCAAUCACAACAUAAGUUUUGUGAAAAGUGGAGCUUGAUGGGCGUAUAUGUUUUUUCCCCUUUUUGUUUAAUUUAGAAUAUUAUGUAACAUCUCCCUGCAUCAGAGCAAGGAGGUAUGGCCUAACACAUAGCAUGCAGAGUCAAAACUCUUGGAUCCAGAUCUCGUUUCAAUUUUGCCAUAUUAUCAAGUCCUGCCCUUCUUAAGUAUUUCAUUUUUGUGUGUCAUUUAUUUUUCAUACUGUGCUUUUGUUACAUUUUACUUCAAUGCCUUUUCUGUGUUUACAGUACCAAUAACCAAUUACUUUCCCCAAAUAGGUGCAUUACGUUUCAUGAGGCGGAUAAUUGGCUUAAAAGAUGAAUUUUACAACCGCUAUAUCAUAAAGGGCAACCUUUUCGAGCCGGUUAUUAACGCACUUCUGGAUAAUGGAACCAGAUACAAUCUGUUAAACUCUGCAGUAAUUGAACUGUUCGAAUUUAUUAGAGUGGUAAGUAACCGUUUUAUCAUUCAAAUAAGUUAUCGUUUUUAAAUGAAUGCAAAUGGUUUUGAAAAUUCCUUUUAACCAGUAUAGUGGGAAUUUUUGUUGCACAACUUCUAGUUCAUAUUGUGUUCAUAUAUAACAUUCAAACAAAUAUACAUAUUCAAAAUUGUGUACACAUUGCAAUUAAUUGCAUCAUUAUGUAUUUUGUUUUUUUUCAGGAAGACAUAAAGUCUCUGACGUCACACAUAGUAGAUAACUUUUAUAAGGAACUUGAACCCAUUGAGUAUGUUCAGACUUUUAAAGGAUUGAAAACAAAGUAUGAGCAAGAGAAAGAUCGUCAAAACCAGAAAUUAAGCAGGUACAGAUUUAAGGGAUGUAGGAUGUCUGUUUGAUUUGUGUGUGUGUUUUUAUUGGGUAAAGUACUUACAUUGCAAUUUAACACAGUAAAUAAUAACAAUAUUUCAGUUUUAAGGAUGCCUGAAAAUAGAGACUUUAUUGAUAAAACUCCGGAUGUACACCUCACAUAUAUUACGAACAAAAUUAAUAUCAGGCAGACUGAACUGAGAGUUUGGGCUGCCUGAUUGGCUGUUGUUGAUGGGCUUGCUUACAGCUGUAGUUUAUUUUUAUUUAUUUUUCCUGAUUUGAUCUUUAUAUCAGUCGGCAGAUUAUGUGCUGACAACUUCCUUGCAAUUAUAUACCAUAAUAAAUGGGUAAUAGUGCACAGAUCACCUCUGUGUCGUUUUUAGGAAUCAGAUUUAAGUCAGAUGAGGACUUGCAUGUAAAAGUCUGCCAGACUCUCACUAACCUUGGGCAGCAUGAGGACGUCUGUCUAUCUGUAUAAAUGUAGUGCCCUCUCUCUUUAAGUAUGUAUAAUGCCGAACUGUUAUUUGGAAGGAUGGUCUCUGCACCUUCAAUCAUGCAAACCUGUGGUGCAUCCUUUUGUCCACUUCAAAGUAAAUGCAUACACAUGAGCUAACAUUUUUUGUGGGGAGGAUAUUAAUUGAGAAGACCCCUAUUUUGUGUAUACGUUUGUGUUUCUCACAACACCCCUUUCUGCCACCUACCCUCAUGACAAAUUAUCAAUUUUAUUUAAUUGGACAUCAUUUUUAAUGCACGUUUUUAACUCUAUAAUAGUUUAGUUUUCACUUCUGUUUAAUUUUGCUAGCUACUAUUACUCUAGUAAAAAAAAAAAAAGCAUGAAUUGCCACUGUGAUACUGAUCUAAUAUAGCUACUCCAAACAGACACCAGAGUAAAGAGCCAGCUUGAAUUGCCUUGGGGCUGAAGGAAAAAAAGAAAAUUGUCCAGUUCUAUUUUUAUUUUUCCUUUCAUUUUGUUCUACAGUAACUAAUAAAUGUUAAGUUUUACCGAAUACACACUUUAAGGGCUCCUGUUAACUAGGGACAAACUUUUGUACCCUGAGAAACUCCUGCUUUGGUUCGCUUAAGUAUUGCAAUAAAGCAUGUGUGCAUUUUGUAAAGGAUUUUAAAUGUGUGUGUGUGUGUGUGUGUGUGUGUGUAUAUUUAUAAAAUUUGACCAGUAACAUAAAGGUUAUGACUGGAAGACUACACUUCUGUGACAACUUAUUUGUGAAGGUGGUAUGUUUUAAUAAGUUCAAUAUAAUUUGUAUUGCAGUGUUCCAUCCAUAUUGCGCAGCAACAGAUUCCGUAGGGAUGCAAGAGCUUUAGAUGAAGACGAAGAGUUGUGGUUUAAUGAAGAUGAGGAGGAAGAAGGAGAAGCUGUUGUACCUCCUGUUGAAAAAUCAAAAGCAGAGGAUGACUUUCCUGACAGUUAUGAAAAAUUCAUGGAAACAAAAAAAGGUAUUCUUUGCUUCACUUGAAAAUCACAGCAAGCAUGUGCCAAGAAAGAUUGGAGGAGUCCGUGAUAGAUUUCACACUUGAGGUUGCAACAAAACUUUUUUGUAUUUGAAGACAUCAAAAAAAAAAUAAUCAAGAGUUAAGUGAACCCUUGCUGACAUGGCAAAUUUCCUCAAAUAAAUCUAAUUACCUUUUCAAAUUCCGCCAUUGUCCAACUUGUAAAUUCCUGUGCUGUUAGGGCUGUAGACAAUGUUUUUUUUUUUACUCUAAUAUAGUCAGAAUAUUAAUUCCAAUUCCAUACAGCGGCUUAGACCUGAGAAUGAGUGUAUCGUCUGAAUUUGCAUAAGUUGAACAGCAUACUAAUAUAUAUAUUUGAAGAGAGGGUGUGGAGGUUGUGUCGAGAACAAUGCCCUCUUGCUCACAGAUUUUAGGAUACAGUGGGUAUCGAGGGCUUAAAAAAAGGAAGAGAUGUGGAAUGUGUCAAUCUAAUUGAGUUUAUUUUUUAAUUAAGAAAGGUAGGGGUCCUCCCAGUGAUCAGUUAUCUUUAAGGACCUUGAACAUGUUGGCCGUAGUUUGAGAUGCAGUUUUGACAGGUCUGUCAUGAAGCUUGAUCUUAUAACAUGAAACCUCUAUGAAAAGCUGUAACAGUGAGGGAACACUCUAGGGGGACCAUAAGAAAUAUUAUUUAAUCAACAAUAGCUUAGAUCAUAUAUUUCUGUCACACUAGAAGGCACCAACAAAUCUCGCCAAAAUCCAGAUGGGUAAAGGAGAAGAUCAAUAGUCAAGACAAAAAGAGCAUUAGGUACAAAGGCACUGUUGCCUAUUCUAAGCUAGAAAUGUUGGUUUCCUUGUGUGUUGUGAAUUGCUAAAAGGAUAGUGACAGAAUAUACUUGGCUUAAUGAAGAAGUUCUGGUGUCUACAGCCUGUCCCAGCUGGCUUUUCAAAUUAAACUCUGCCCUCUCAGAGAAAAAGGCAGUGGUUACAUUGCUACCUAGGAACAUCUGUAGGGGUAGUCGGUAGUCACUCAGACGGCCGCUAGAGGUGCUUUCUAUGUCAGUGUUUCAAACUGUGCAGCACCUACACUCUGCAUGGAGACGCUGAACGUUUCCCAUAGAGAUGCAUUAUUUCAAUGCAUCUCAGAGGAUGCUGAUUAGUGCGGUGUUUUAAAACACAUGCACAGCUUCCCAAUGCCUUCCUAUGAGAGCAUUUGAUUGGCUGAGAACAAGCGGCCACAGCGAGAUCGGCGAGGGGAAAAGGUGGGUAAAUUAUUUUUUUUAUGCGAUCUGAGGUUAGCAUUCACCUAAACAGUUUAAUACUAUAAUGUUAGGAAUAAGUUUGUGUGUUUACCAACCUUACUGGUUCAUCAACAGCCUAUAAAUGGUGUAACAUUAGGUUUUCAUGUCUUUAGGUGUGGAUUUUUAAAUAACCAUGUGCAUUUUGCAUUAUAUUUACUUUAUUCCUUUGUGUUUAUCAAAGACAUUGAGUGUUUUCCAUGAUCUUUUAUAUACACUGUUCAGGCUAGUAAUGUUAAUAAUAAACAUUGACUUGAUGUGCUUAUCAGUUGCAGUGUCUUGACGUAUAUUGACUCCACCUUAAACAGAAUAUGUGUGCAUCUCCAUUGCUUUGGCAAUCUGUAUUACAUGAGAAGUUAAAUCACAUCUGUUUGAUUUAUUACUUUAGCUAAAGAGAGCGAAGAUAAGGAGAAUCUUCCAAAGAGGACUGCUGUUGGAGGAUUCAAAUUCACAUUUUCUCACUCUGCCAGUGCAGCUAACGGUGCAAAUAGUGCAAAUAGCAAAUCUGUGGCAGCUCAAACACCACCAGCAGGGUCGAACGGCUCUUCCUCGAAAAAUACAAACUUGGCAACCACAGUAACAGCCACCAAGGUGAGAUACAUUGCUUAUCCAUGUUCUACAGUUCCAGAUUAAUUUGCUGAAUAUGUUUUGAACACAGCUUAGAAUUUCCACUUACUUUUUUGCCAUUCUUGAGUGUAAAUUGAGCCCUGGCAAGUUGGCCCUGGGUAAAGUUGUAGUGCAUGCCAGAGCAGGUACUGAAAUCUCAUGGAGCCUCCAGCUAUUACUUAUAAGCGCAGAUCAGUGACAUAGAAUGCAUUGGUCUUUGAUGUUGCAUUAUGGCACCGUUUCUCACUACCGUGCAAACUACUCAAGACCCAAGCUAGCUAAAACACACAUGCCCCACUAAAGAAAAGUUUCAUAAUAGCAAAAUGUAAGAGGAGGAGAGAGGAUCUGUGACAAAUGGUAGGGAAUUUUCUAGUAACUGAACUUUUAGCCUAAAAAAACAAAAUUCAUUGCGAAAGACACAUUCUUGUUGUUUGUUCCAUUUUAAAGUAAAAAAAUAACUUUAAUGUUGAUAUUAAAAUGACUGUUUUGUUAGCAGGGAAGUCUAAUUGGCUUAGUGGAUUACCCUGAUGAUGAAGAGGAAGAGGAAGAAGAGGAUACAUCCCCACGAAAAAGACCACGUCUUGGAUCAUAAAGAUACUGACACUCAUUAGUUGUGCAUUUUUUAAUGAUGCAAACUGAUGUUGGAGCAUAGUGAGUCUGAAAGCUUUCUCCCUUGAAUACAUAAUGGAAGUAGCCAAACUCCACUAAAAGGGUAUAAAUGCCAAGCUUUCAUCGAAGCCCUUCUAGUGUUCAAGAAGCCUUGUAGGCUUUCAAACUGAUGGGUUAGCUAUGAAAACCUAGAUGACUGCUUCAAUGCAAUCUGCAUCUUGUGUAUAGGAUGGGCACAGAAUGGAAUUUAAAAAGACCAUUUUUAUGUUGGAGGGUUGCCCCAGGAUGUAUGUCAACUAGAACAAUAAAAAGAUGCUUUCAGUUGCACACCCAGUAAUCUUAAUUUUGUAAUGGUGCUGGCCAUAGUGUUUUAUCAAUUGCCUAUUUUAUAAAACCAAUUGAAGGGAAACUAAAUCUGUUAUUAAAGAAAAAAAUGAAAAUAAAACCUCGGGACCAUUCUUUGUAAAUUGCUUUACUGUCUACUCUAGUAGGGAAUGGGAGGGGGGCACAUCGUCAUAGUGCAUGUUACGUUUAAAAAGAGCGGUAACUUUUGUGUGUAUUCUAAUAAAACCUGAAGUCAAAAUGGACAGUUGUAAUAAUAAGCAGCCGGUCCCUCUAUACUGCACUUCCAGAAAUACUGAUGCCAAGGAUCAGUAACUUCCAUAAUUUUGUUUGGAAUCUGCCCAGUGACCUCUUUACCAGUGCCUCAAUCUCUUGCAGUGUUAAAUAUUGUGUUGCGUAUAUGAACAACUGUUUUGUCAUUGCAAUCAGUUUCCUGGUUUGACAAUGUCAUCCAUGCUACGGUAUGAUGAAGUUAUAUUUAAUUUUUCAGAUUUUAAACAAUCGCUACAAAAAAAACUAUACCAAAAGGGUUUUAAACAUCCAGCAACAGAUGCGAACUAAUAAAUUAGCUGACAUCUAGCAGGAAAUGUGUUUCUGGCUAAUAAUAUAUCCGUGGAAGACUGAAAUAUGCUGCAUAUAUCUUCAGUAGGGGUUGCAAUGUGAAGGCUGUUCAGAUGAAAUAAUUUUUUUUAGGUAGUAACUCAUUUUACAUUCCAUGGAUAUAAUUGACAUUCAAAACAAACAUAUAAAAGAGAAAUGGAACCGUGGAACAUAAUUGGUUUGAAUUUGGGUCAAGCGGCACAUGCACUGUAAUUGUAAUACCCAUAUAUGGUCUGAAAUAAUGAUGAAAUGCUACCCAAUAAUCCAAUCUAGAAAUGCAAAACAACCUACAAUCUCUGCACCGAUUGCCCAGUAAUGCUUUGGGUCCAUUUCUCCUGGAAAUAAUUUAAAACCGUUACCUGAUUUUUGUAGUUCAUUUUAAUUUUAGUGUUUUUGUUUUUUUUGGAAAUAUAUGGGCUGUUUGUGUAGAUAUGAAAUAUAGGUUUUUUGUUUUUUUUCUCCGUAAGAACAGAAGUUUAUUUUGUAUUAAAUACCACUGUACUUGUUUUACACCAUUUGUAUACAUGUGGUGAUAUUAAUGCUAAACUGUAAAUUCAGGAAUUAAAACGUGACCCUGUAAUUCCAUAAAGUUUGGUUCUGUUUGGUUUGUUGCAUAGAUCUGUUAAGUUUAAUGUGGCA